AUGUCUGUCACAGCAGCUCACCCUGAGCCAAAUCCUGAGGCAGCGCCUCAGGAACAAUCCGCCAAUCCAAGUGCAUCAGCCCCGUCCACCGGUCCAGAAGCUAUCGACCCGGCUCAACCGUCUGUCGCGACUCCAGGCGUUGCUGCGACUACCUCCACUGAUCCUCCGAAAAAGCAUCAUCUACUACUCCCGAUCUCGUCGCGUGCAUCCCUGAAGGCCGACCGGCAGUCGACUCUGGACAAGAGCCAGGAUACUGUCAACGAUGACUCCGAGAACACUCUCCGCGGAUCGAAAAGAAGCAUCCUGAAAGGGCGACGCGACCGGAGCAGAGGCAGCAGUAUGCGAUCACGUCGACAAAAUCAGGAAGGGGGAAGUAUAGAGCAGGACAAAACAGCAAGCGGCGGUCUGCGUGACACUCCCAAACCGGAAAGGAAAAGCAAGGUCACCUACAGGCUAUUCGCGUUUCUCAGUUGUUGUUCUUCCUCCAACGACGACCCGGAGGACACAGCUAUUCCCGCGAAGAGAACAUCCCGACGGCCAUCAGUUCCCAACACGCAGCCAACUCCCGAGAAGACAGAGGCUAAUGCCGGAGACUCGAGCACGGCGGAAUCUAAGGAACCAUGCUAUUAUCGCGACGAGAAGUCCAACAUGACUGUCACGGCGGAUCAGUCAGGAUCGCAGAAAGACGAGGAGCGCACUGGUAAAGCUUUGGAUCAGGGCUUGAAGCCCGAUGGUUUGGCAGCACCGUCCGGUCAAGCUGCAGAGGAUCAGCAGCACACUCCGACCAAGGACGAUUCCGAAACUCAGGGUCCGAACAUCGUCGUCGCGACCGUUGAAGGGGGCGCCGUAUACCCGAAUGGGGUCGAAAAGACCGAGGACGAUGCCGUGCCACAGGACAAGGAGAAGUCACGAUUGCAGACGGAGCAGGCCCAGGCUCAGGAACUUCAUCCGGCGGACGAUGAGCUACACCAGUUCCCCGCGGAGAACGACACAACAAACGACCUCAAGUACGCUUCCCACGAUGAAGAGGCGUCGACGCUAGCCCCCGAGCUACCGCCCCCGCCGAUGCCUCCGAGCGAGAAGCACAUCGAGACGGUGGACCCUGAUGAGCAUGGUCAAUUCCUUCUGCCGCCGCCUUUACCUCACCUGCGUGACAGAAAGUGUUUGGUUCUGGAUCUGGAUGAAACGCUAGUUCACAGUAGCUUCAAGGUUCUUGAACGGGCAGACUUCACCAUACCUGUUGAAAUUGAGGGCCAGUACCACAACAUUUACGUCAUCAAACGGCCUGGCGUCGACCAAUUCAUGAAAAGGGUCGGGGAGUUGUAUGAGGUCGUUGUGUUUACCGCCUCCGUCUCCAAAUAUGGCGAUCCCCUGCUGGAUCAGUUGGACAUCCACAACGUUGUGCACCACCGCUUGUUCAGGGACAGCUGCUACAACCACCAAGGCAACUAUGUCAAGGACCUGUCACAAGUGGGUCGCGACCUACGAGACACCAUCAUUAUCGACAACUCCCCGACAUCCUAUAUAUUCCACCCUCAACAUGCGAUACCCAUCAGCAGCUGGUUCUCUGACGCCCACGAUAACGAGCUCCUAGAUCUAAUUCCCGUCCUCGAAGACCUUGCCGGGGCACAAGUGAAAGACGUCAGUCUUGUUCUUGACAUUGCAUUGUAA